GCCGCGCCGGGCGCCUAUAAGACGGGCAGCCGGAGCGGCGCGCAGGCGGAUCGCCCCGGGCCGCGCAGAAGCUUGCCACCAUGUCUGUGUCGCACAGUUCCAAGCUCAACAAGGCAGUCAGAGACCAGUACAUGAAGCUACCCCAAGGGAAACUGGUGCUGGCCACGUACGUUUGGAUCGACGGCAGUGGAGAAGGGCUGCGAUGUAAAACCAGAACCUUGAGCCAGGAACCCAAGAGCAUCGAAGAUCUCCCCGAAUGGAACUUCGAUGGGUCCAGCACAGGCCAAGCCGAGGGCUCCAACAGCGACAUGUUCCUGAUUCCCGUGAAGAUGUUCCGAGACCCCUUUUGCCUCGACCCUAACAAGCUCGUGUUGUGCGAGGUGCUGAAAUACAACCGCAAACGCGCAGAGACCAAUCUGAGGAACACGUGCAGGAAGGUCAUGGAGAUGGUGAAAGACAGCCACCCCUGGUUCGGCAUGGAGCAGGAGUACACCCUGCUAGGGGUGGAUGGGCGCCCUUACAGUUGGCCCGAAAACGGCUUCCCGGGCCCGCAAGGACCCUAUUAUUGUGGGGUUGGGGCAAACAAAGUGUAUGGGCGUGACAUCGUGGAAGCCCACUACAAGGCCUGCAUCUACGCCGGUGUCGAGAUCUGUGGCACGAACGCCGAGGUCAUGCCUUCUCAGUGGGAGUUCCAGAUAGGGCCGUGCGAAGGAAUUGAGAUGGGCGACCACCUCUGGAUGGCUAGAUACAUUUUGCACCGUGUCUGUGAAGAUUUUGGGGUGGUGGCCAGCCUGGACCCCAAGCCGAUGAUGGGCAACUGGAACGGGGCAGGGUGCCACACCAACGUCAGCACCAAGGAGACGAGGCAGAAAGGCGGAAUCACGUUCAUUGAAGCGGCUAUAGAAAAGCUGAGCAAGCGACACCAGUACCACAUCCGCAUGUACGACCCCCGUGGAGGGCAGGACAACUCCCGAAGGCUGACGGGCCAGCACGAGACCUCCAACAUCUUCGAGUUCUCCGCUGGCGUCGCCAACCGCGGGGCCAGCAUCCGAAUCCCCCGCCAGGUUGGCCAGGACGGCUGCGGCUACUUCGAAGACCGCCGGCCCUCGGCCAACUGCGACCCGUACGCGGUCACGGAGGCCAUUGUGAGAACCGUCCUGCUCGGCGAAACGGGAGAGGAGCCCGUGGAGUACUCGGACGAAACGCGACUACAGAGGGCUGUGCUCACAGACUAACCGCUCUGCAGUUCUUAAAACGUGUUCCCUGCCAGUUAGUAAAAUCCGACAAACGCA